AUGAAGUCAGAAGUCAUCAAAUCACCUGGAUUUCGAUCAUGGUUUGCUGCCAUUGGAACAUUGUUAAUGUUGUGCCUAUUAUGGAUAAUAUCCAUAUCUGUUAUAGUACAAACGAACACAUGGAGUUAUGAAAUGAAGGCUGAGUUUUUGAAUUUUCAGGUAAGUUUUUUUAGUCUUAGCCCUAGCCCAGAGUCCCAGCCCAGAUCCCUAACCCAGAGCUCUAGCCUUUAACUUUACCUUGGACUUGUCCUUGAUCUAGCCGAAAAUUUAAAACUUAAAUUCUAACUCUAGACUUCCUAGAGUUAGAAUUUAAGCCUAUAGCCUUAGCCCUAACUCUGGUUUGGGUCUUAACCUUAAUUCUUAGACUUAGUCUUAACGUAGACAGCUCUAGCCGAACUCUUAGCCGCAAAAACUUAGUAUAACUAAUAGCCUUGGGUUAGUCUAAAGCAAUACUUUACGUUUACCGUACCCUUAAUGUAGGCCCAUCUUGUUCUUUACUUUUAGCCUUAGUCCUAGCUUCACAUAUUCUACUUUACUAUAGACUUCUUUUAUUAAAUACCAGAUCAACGGAGGCCCUUCGGGCCUCCUAUGAUCUGGACAUUGCAAGUUCAUUUACAUUAUGACAAAUUCAGUACAUUUUAUAAUAUGCAAAAUCAAGGGCUCGGGCCUGCGGCCCUCGCACGCCUCUUUUGAUUUUUGUUGUUAUAAAUCAAUAAAAUUAAUUUUCAUUUGAAGAUACCAUAUCAUGAGCUCGGGCCUGUGGCCCUCGCGCAUUGCUUUUGAUCCGGACAUAGCAAUUACAUGUGUUUUAUAUUAUUCAAACUAAUAUGCUCGGGCCUGCGGCCCUCGCACGUUUCCAAACUCUAAAAUCUUUUUGAUUUUUCUAUUGAAACGCAGCAUGAAUCCUGAAACUAUUUUGAGUAUGGUACGCCUUAAAAUUUACUCCAUUUAACACACCCUUUGAUUUUUCCCACGCCUGUAAAGAAUAUUUUAAAACGAAAACUCUAAAAUCAUCACAAAAUUCAGUACUAUACACAAAAUACUAUCAGAAAACAUACUUACAUUUGCUAACGUAUGUUCCUCAACAUAUUCGAACAACGACCGCUCUCCGUUAAGCAAUUCAAUGCAAUUUACCGGUCGCUUUUUAUUUUUUUUCAUUUCCACGACCGCUCGCUUUUUUCAAAAAUACUUCAAAAUUGUUGCCAAAAAAAUUUCAUUUCCCAUCAAGUUCAUUUUGACAAAAUGUCCGGAUUAGCGGCUUCUGACAGCCACCGCCUCUCCGUUUACAUACGGGGAUAACUUUAAAACUGUAUACCUAAAGCACCCUUUUUGUUAUAGGACAUAACAAACAAAGCAUGGGAAGGUGUGGUAGAGAUGAGAAACGCCAGACAGCGAGAGACAUUUAGGUCUAACUUGAAUGAUUUUGUCAAAAGGUCCAAACGGAGUUAUGGUACUAAACAGUGCUCUAGUAAGUGAACGUUUGUACUCAUUAAGUACCACUUUAUAUCUUCGUACUGUCUUUGAUACUAUUUAGUACUAUAUAGUACUAUUUUGUGUUUUUUUAUUGUUACAGUACUGCUUCCUAAAUUUGUACUAUCUUCGUACUAUUUAGUACUAUCUCGUUGUAUCAUUCUCUUAAAGUACUGAUUUACAUCUUCGUACUAACUUUGUACUAUUUAGCACUAUUUCUUAGUAUCAUGUUAUUACAGUACUAUUUUAUAGCUUUGUACCGUUUUUGAUACUAUUUAGUACUAUUUCUUAUUUUCAUGCCAUUACAGUACUAUUUUAUAUCUUCGUUCAUUACUAUUUAGUACUAUUUUUUCUUACCUCGCUUUUACAGUGCUAUUUCAUAGUUUCGUACUAUCAAGGUACUAUUUAGUACAAUUUCUUAGUAUCACGCUAUUACAGUACCAUUUUAUUACUUUGUACUAUCUUCGUACUAUUUAGUACUAGUAGUACUAUUCUUCAUUCUCAUGCUCUAACAUUACUAUUGUUCGUACUAUCCUAACACUUUUUUCAGAAUGUGCAAUCUCAGCCAAAACCUGCCCACCCGGCCCAGUCGGUCCUCCCGGACCACCUGGUGACCCAGGAUAUCCAGGCGAAGAUGGGGAAGACGGUCGAAUGGGCGCCCCUGGACUAGCUGUCGUCCUGAAUCAAGACAGCCCAGGCUGUAUUCUCUGUCCAGCCGGUCCACCUGGCCCACCUGGUGUACCAGGCGGAAUGGGUGAGAAAGGUCCGUCUGGAGCACCUGGAGAGAAUGGAAAACCAGGAAAGACUGGAAUGGCUGGACCAGUAGGACCAAUGGGCGUACGAGGGUAUCCUGGCGUGCCUGGUACACAAGGCGAGAGUGGAGAGCAUGGUGCUGGUGGGCAGCGUGGUAGAGGUAAACCUGGUCCACAAGGAGCUCAGGGCAAACCUGGGCCGGUUGGAGCGCCUGGAUUGAUGGGGGCACCAGCUGGAAGCGGUCCUUUGGGUCCACCUGGACCACAAGGAAGUCCUGGCGACCCUGGAGUGCCUGGACCGGAUGGACAGCCUGGAACGGUAGGCCAAUAUUGUUUUAUGUUGAUGUAAAAAAGUCUUGUCGUUAAUUUACUAUGUUUUGAAAAGUGAAAAACGACAAGACUUUUUUUAUGUUUUUAAUAUUUCAGCCUGGCCCACCUGGAUUACCAGGAAAAGACGCUGAAUAUUGUGAAUGCCCAGACCGGGAAGGAAAUGGUGGUAACUUGGGCAAACCUGACGAUGAAAAUUCAGCUAGCCAAAACUCAAAUGAGGAUGGUAGUGCUGAAGCCAAGCCUGUGGCUAGCCAACGCCGUGGAAAUGGCAAAAAGCGCAAAGGAAGUGGUAAAAAAGAAGGCUCCAGGCCUGGACUAGACCCUCAACACUUUGGACUAGCUGAAUUUAGCAUGGCUAGCCAGCCAUUGGGAUUGGAAGGCUAUGCUGUAAGUUAUACUGCGGUAAUUACUGGAGCCUACCCUACCCUACCCUACCCUACCCUACCCUACUGUAUUCCUACCGUACACCUUCUUCAAUAUAAAGCUUUAAAAUGACUUUUUCAGGUCCCCAGACCAAGACAAAGCAGCGCAAACAAGCAUGAGCCCACAUCAACAUCAACCACCCCAACUCCACCCCCUAAUCCUUUUACCACACCGAUUUCCUUUGCUUCACCACCACCCCUUUUACCCGAAGACUUCAUCGACCCACCGCCAGAAGACGUCUCCGAACAAGAACGGCUACAAAAGCUACGACGACGGCACAGAAUCAUCCGGCAACGUAAACUUCGAUUCAACAAAAUGUUGUUUGAUGAGGUUGAAGACUAA